ACUCCUAGUACUUGUAGAAAGGCAAGCAUAGAGACUUCCUGUCCUACAAAUGGCGAAACGAAUAGGAAGCGAUGAAGGGUUCACGGAGAUAUUCAAUAGGGAGGUGGGCUUCUCUCAUCCGAGGUCAAUAUCUCGUCGAAUCUCCGCCUCUGAGGGGAUAGUGAAGAAACUCGAUCUAUACGGGAAGUUAAAUGGGCAUGAAGGAUGCGUCAAUGCUGUGGAGUUCAGUUCCACUGGAGAUAUUCUUGUUUCGGGCUCUGAUGAUCGACAAAUCAUGCUCUGGAACUUGUUGAAUGGAACCAGGACAUUGACUUAUCCUUCCGGCCACUGUGAAAAUGUGUUUCAGACUAAGUUCAUACCCUUCACAGAUGACCGGACCAUCAUAACAUCUGGUGCCGACGGACAAGUAAGACUUGGUCAGAUCCUGGAAAAUGGUAAAGUGGAGACGAAAAGACUCGGGAGGCACCAUGGUCGCGUGUACAAGCUUGCUGUUUUGCCUGGAGAUCCUAACGUAUUCUACAGCUGCGGCGAAGAUGGUUUUGUUCAACAUUUUGAUAUACGAAGCAGCAGUCCCACUACGGUUUUGUAUUCCUCUCCGUUCACACACGGAUGCAGGAGACAUCACUCCAGCAGUAGAAUCAGACUUAAUUCUAUAGCCAUAGAUCCCAGGAACCCACAUUAUCUUGCGGUUGGGGGUUCCGACGAAUACGCACGAGUUUACGACACCAGAAGAGUACAGUUAGCUCCCGUAUGUCGCCACAUCGUACCAGACGCGCCUGUCAACACCUUUUGUCCUCGUCAUCUCCGAGAAACCAACAGCGUUCACGUCACGGGAUUGGCAUAUUCCAAAGCCAGCGAACUACUGGUCUCUUACAACGACGAGCUCAUUUAUCUGUUUGAGAAAAACAUGGGUUUCGGUUCGUCCCCCGUUGGUAUCUCUGCUGAGAAACUACAGGAAAUGGAAGAACCACAGGUGUAUACAGGUCACCGCAACGCGCAAACGGUUAAAGGAGUGAACUUUAUGGGUCCAAAUGAUGAAUACGUGAUGAGUGGUUCAGACUGUGGUCACAUUUUUAUAUGGAAGAAGAAAGGAGGUAAGCUUGUUCGGGCGAUGUUGGGUGAUAGGCGAGUGGUGAAUCAGCUCGAGUCUCACCCGCACAUAACGUUUAUUGCGUCCUGCGGGAUUGAAAGAAGCGUUAAGCUCUGGACGCCAGUGUCAAACGAUGUUAUGUCUCUCCCAGAAAACAUCGAAAAGGUAACGGAAUCGAACAGGGUAGGAAGAGAAGAGCAGUCGAGGGUGACAUUGACCCCUGAAGUAAUCAUGCAUGUUCUGCGGCUACAGAGACGUCAGACAUCGGCUUUUACAGAGAGGAGAUACGUUUUGACUGACGUGGACGGUGAUGAAGAAAAUGAAGCUCAGUUUAUUUCAGGGUUAGUAGCUGGCGAUGAUGACUCUUCAGAAAGAGAGUGUAAUGUCAGCUAAAGUCCUAAACUAGUGUGUGAUAUAUAUACAUAGUAAGAGUACAAGUGUUCUCUUUCAUGUGUUUGAAAUUUACUUGUGGGAGUAUUUUGCUUGUGUGUUUGUAACUCUUAAACAAUGAAAAUAAGAAAGAGUGAUCUUGCAAA